AUUUGAGGUAACAUGUAAAAUAUCUGACAUAGAAAAUUUCGAUCAAAAAAAUUUCAAUUACCAAUAAAUAGUUGUUAAAUAACCAAUCAACGUAAUAUUCAUUAAAUUAUAUAACCAUGGGUGUUCACGUCUUUGGUAAAUCAGUAAAGCAUAAUUCGCUUGUUCGUAUAGGAUUAGCUAAAGUUAUCUUUGGGCUUGGAUAUAAACAAGCAGAAAUGUUAUGUGCUAAAGUUGGUAUAUAUCCUCAAAUGAGAAUGAACCAAUUAAAAGAACCACAAAUUAUGGAUUUAAAUAGAGAACUUUCUCAAAUGCUUGUUGAAGGACAAUUAAAACAAAAAGUUAAUAAUGAUAUUAAAUUGAAAAGAGAUAUUGGUUCUUAUGCUGGUACUAGACAUACUCUUGGUUUACCAGUACAUGGUCAAAAUACUAGAAAUAAUGCUCAUACUGCCAAGAAGUUGAACAAGCUCGAAAGAUUCCGUAUUUAAGAGUUACUUCUAUUGCUAACAUUUCCGUUCACAUUGUAUCAUAGAUUCAGCCUCAACAAAAUCAGUGCAUAUUAAGUUUUCCAAUUCUCUUUGGAUGUUAUUCUUAGUUCAAAGGCGAGACCAUUAGAACUAUGUCUUUCUUGUAUAUAGAGCUAACUUUAGUUUAAACGAAUAAAUAUUAAUGACAUUAGAUCUGUAUGCGUGCCUUUGCAACAUGGCUCAAUUGCUAGUAAUAUAUUCCUCUUAAAGUUUUCGAACUAUGAAU